GCCGGCGGUAUCCGGACGAUCCACACCCCUUCAAGAUCGCGAGCGCGAUGGCCGCGCCGACGGUCGCAUCAAGCUUUCACGUCAUGUGCACGGGCCAAAUCCAGUCCAUUACGUACGACGGUGUUGAGAACCUCUACUGCAAGUACGGGCUCACGUACGGGUCCGACUGGCACUUGGAACACGGCGUGGAAAGCGGGCUCUCACAGAUCGGGUACCGGGCAGCGGCGCGGCGCGAGAUUGCAUUUCAUUUUCCGCUCGACAUGACCUUCAAGACCACCAACCCGUUCGGGUGGCCGCGGCUUGUACUGAGCGUCUACGGGAUGGACAUGCUGGGACGUGACGUCAUCCGCGGGUACGGCUCGGUGCUGCUACCAACGGUCGCGGGGACCCACACGAAGCGCAUCCCGCUCUUCAAACCGCAGUCGUCGAGCAUGCUGCAAGGCUUCAUUGCGUGGCUCACUGCGUCACCGCCCGAGUUUUUCGACGCGAAGUUCAUUGCCCAAAGCGACGGCCGCGAGCUGACGCGCGUCACGUCCCAGGGCUUUGCGACCGUCGAAGUCAACGUCACGCUGCACGGUUUCCAGCAACACGGCUACGUCUUCACCGCCUGAGCGAUCCCAGAUCUUAUUUCCUGCUUAAUGUCUAUCUCCAAGUUUUCCUGCAUGACCGGGAGACACAUGUGCGCUAGCUAUCGACCUGAGCUUAGUCCGUGGUCGACCACGGCUUGGGCGGCUCCAGCGAUCGACCGCAGGAUUAAAAGAAG